AUGCUCAGCCGAACUGUGAAUUUUGUACUGUAUGCCAACUGGCUGCUACUUUUCCGGAUCGUAAGAGGGUUCCAAAAAUUGCUGAACACGAUGUCCAGCUCGCCGCUGUCCAAGAAACGUCGCUUGUCAGGAACAGAGACGAAGACGGGAUCCCACUGCUCCUCUUCAAACUCCGUCAAAACUGAUCUGUCCCACACACCCGCCAACGGCAUGGCAAAGAAUGGCAAUGAUGCUGAGAUUGAUGAAGGCCUGUACUCCAGACAACUGUACGUGUUGGGCCAUGCUGCAAUGAAGCGCAUGCAAAACUCCAAUGUCCUCAUCUCUGGUAUGAGAGGUCUUGGAGUGGAGAUCGCCAAGAACGUCAUUUUAGGAGGAGUUCGAAGUGUCACUGUGCACGACCAAGGAGUCGCAGAAUGGCGAGACCUCUCUUCCCAGUUUUAUAUUCGAGAGGAGGAUUUGGGGAAGAACAGAGCAGAAGUUAGCCAGUCCCGUUUGGCUGAACUCAACAACUAUGUCCCUGUGGCUGCAUAUGCGGGUGCGCUCACAGAAGACUUCCUGGCAAAGUUCCAGGUUGUAGUGUUGACCAACUCCACUCUCGAUGAGCAGCAGAAAGUUGGCGAGUUCUGCCACAGUAAAGGCAUCAAGAUGAUCAUUGCAGACACUCGAGGUCUUUUUGGUCAGCUUUUUUGCGACUUUGGCGAAGAGAUGAUUGUGUAUGACACUAAUGGAGAGCAGCCUCUGAGUGCCAUGAUUUCCAUGAUCACAAAGGACAAUCCAGGUGUUGUGACUUGCCUGGAUGAGGCACGGCACGGUUUUGAAAGUGGAGACUUUGUGACCUUCUCAGAGGUUCAGGGAAUGACCGAACUUAAUGGCUGCCAACCGGUUGAAAUCAAAGUUCUUGGUCCCUAUACAUUCAGCAUUUGUGACACAACAGGAUUUACAGAUUAUGUGAGAGGAGGAAUUGUUUCCCAGGUCAAGAUGCCCAAGAAAUUCACUUUUAAGUCCAUUUCCUCUUCCAUGGCUGAACCAGAGUUCCUAAUGACAGACUUUGCCAAGUUUGAGCGUCCAGGACAACUACAUUUGGGCUUUCAAGCCAUCCACGCCUUCCAGAAAAAACACAGCCGCCUGCCUUCACCUUGGAACCAGGCUGAUGGUGAAGAAAUGUUAACAUUGGCCAAGGAGCUGAACGCUUCUCAGUCUGGAUCAGCUAAAAUAGAACAGCUUGAUGAGGCGCUCAUCAAAAAACUGUGCUAUGUCUCUGCUGGUGACCUGGCUCCUCUCAAUGCCUUUAUCGGUGGUCUGGCGGCACAGGAAGUUAUGAAGGCAUGCACAGGGAAAUUUAUGCCCAUUAUGCAGUGGUUGUACUUUGAUGCAUUGGAGUGCCUGUCAGAAGAGGAAGGAGUUGUACUCACCGAGGAAGAGUGUGCUCCUAGGAACAGUCGAUACGAUGGACAGAUUGCAGUAUUUGGCACCAAGCUGCAGGAUUUGCUUGCCAAGCAACGCUACUUCCUGGUUGGAGCCGGUGCCAUUGGUUGUGAGCUCUUGAAAAACUUUGCCAUGAUUGGAUUGGCAAGUGGUGAGGGUGAGGUCAUUGUGACAGAUAUGGACACUAUAGAGAAGUCUAACCUAAACAGACAGUUCCUCUUCAGACAAUCAGAUGUUACGAAAAUGAAAAGUGACACAGCUGCAGCAGCAGUCAAACAGAUGAACCCUUCUAUCAAGAUCACUGGUCACCAGAACAGGGUGGGCCCAGACACCGAGAGAGUCUACGACGACGACUUCUUUGAAAGCCUUGAUGGAGUAGCCAAUGCACUGGACAAUGUUGAUGCACGUUUGUACAUGGAUAGGAGGUGUGUGUACUAUCGUAAACCCUUACUGGAGUCUGGUACUCUGGGUACCAAGGGAAAUGUCCAGGUCGUGAUCCCCUUCCUCACAGAGUCGUACAGCUCUAGCCAGGAUCCACCUGAGAAGUCCAUCCCCAUCUGUACUCUAAAGAAUUUUCCAAAUGCCAUCGAGCACACACUGCAAUGGGCCCGCGAUGAGUUUGAGGGCCUCUUCAAGCAGCCACAAGAGAACUCCAUGCAGUAUCUAACAGAUCCUAAAUUCAUGGAGCGCACCCUGAAACUUCCAGGUGGUCAAUCCGCUGAGUUGCUGGAGGCUGUUUACAAGAGCCUGGUGACAGACUGCCCCCACAGUUUUGCCGACUGUGUAUCCUGGGCACGCAACCACUGGCAGUGCCAAUACAGCAACAACAUCCGACAGCUAUUGCACAACUUCCCUCCAGAUCAGCUAACAAGCUCAGGUGCCCCCUUCUGGUCCGGUCCAAAGAGAUGUCCUCAUCCCCUUGAAUUCAGCACUAGCAAUGACCUGCACAUAGAUUAUGUAAUGGCUGCAGCUAACUUGUUUGCCCAAACGUACGGAAUAGAAAGCUGCAGCGAUCGUGCAGCCAUUAUCAAGAUGUCACAAGAAGUAAAGGUGCCCGUUUUUACACCACGUUCAGGGGUAAAAAUCCACGUCUCUGAUCAGGAGCUACAGAAUAGCAAUUCUUCUGUUGAUGACUCAAGACUAGAGGAGCUGAAGGUGCUCCUGCCUCCACCUGAGUCUUCUCAGUUCAAACUCUGUGCCAUUGACUUUGAAAAGGAUGAUGAUACCAACUUCCACAUGGACUUUAUAGUGGCGGCAUCCAACCUGAGAGCAGAAAAUUAUGACAUCCCCCCUACUGACAGACAUAAUAGCAAACUUAUAGCUGGCAAAAUUAUACCUGCCAUUGCCACUACCACAUCUGCUGUGGUGGGUCUGGUCUGUCUCGAGCUCCUCAAGAUUGUCCAAGGGCACAAAAAGCUGGAGUCAUAUAAGAAUGGUUUCAUGAAUCUGUCCCUGCCGUUCUUUGCCUCUUCUGAGCCCAUCGCUGCUCCCAGACAUAAGUACUAUGAAACUGAAUGGACAUUAUGGGACCGUUUCGAGGUCAGUGGCCUGCAGCCCAAUGGAGAAGAGAUGACACUGCGGCAGUUUUUGGACUAUUUCAAAAAUGACCAUAAGUUGGAGAUCACCAUGCUUUCUCAGGGAGUGUCCAUGCUCUACUCUUUCUUCAUGCCUGCUGCCAAACUCCGAGAGAGACUUGAUCUACCGAUGACUGAGAUUGUGACCAAGGUGUCUAAGAAGAAGUUGGGCAAACACGUCAAAGCUCUGGUGUUCGAGUUGUGCUGCAAUGACGUGUCGGACGAAGACGUGGAAGUGCCGUACGUCAGAUACACUAUUCGCUGA